AUGACAGAAUCUAAAGAAGUUAUGAGUAUUUCUGAAUCUGCUAAUAGAGCAGAUAUUCGUAAAAACUUUCCUAUUAGUGUAGAAUCUGCAGUUGUAGGAGAAAUAAGUUUAUUCACCCUUGAAAAAAAUAAACAAUUCUCGCUUUAG